ACACUCCAGCAGCUAGCGUUCGAGAGCCUACUGAAGAAGGAGGCCUUGGCCAUUUCUGGUCUGGCAGACUGGCCCUGGUUCCUGUUCCCAGCAGCAUUUGAGAGGGCCUUCAGGAACAAUCAGACCAACAUCCUGCGGGCCAUGGUGCCUGCCUGGCCAUUCACAUGCCUUCCUGUAGGAAUCCUGAUGAAGAAGCCACACCUGGAGACUUUGAAAGCUCUGCUUGAUGGACUAGAUGUGCUGAUUACAGAGGAGCCUUGCAAGAAAUAUUUAAAUGUCAUAACUGACCUAAAUAUCAUGAAGAGUGAGUGUGAUGAAUGUCCCACAUACUUGUGGCGAUGGGCCCAGCAGAGACAAAAUGAGCUGGAAGAGGAGUGCAUGAACAAAUUCGUAUCACAAUUACCCCAAUUCCACUGUCUCCAGCAUCUCUAUAUCAACGAUUCUCCUGCUCUAGUUGGCAGCCUGGCUGAUUGUCUCAGGCGCCUGAAGAAGCCCUUGGAGACCCUGUCCAUCACUCACUGUUACAUCAUACAGAGAGACUUGGAUUACCUGCCCCGGUGCCUGAACCUUUCUUCGCUUAAACAUCUCUACUUGUCGUACACAAUGUUGGACAAGUGUAUUAAGCCACUUGGCUAUCUCCUUGAGAGAGUGAAAGACACCUUGGAAACUCUUGACCUGGCCGGAUGUCGGCUGGAGGAUUCUCAAUUUAGUGCUUUGAUGCCUGCCCUGAGUCAAUGCUCCCAGCUCCUCAAGAUUGAUUUUUACAGGAAUGAACUGUCUCUACUUGUCCUGAAGCAACUGCUUCACCACACAGCCAAGCUGAACAAGCUAACCAAAGAGACAUACCCUGUCCCUCUGGAGUACUAUGAUGGAUGCCGAGUGCUUGUACGCAGAUUUGAUGAACUUGGUCCUGAGCUUCUGGAUAUACUCAGGUCUGAAAGACAG